AUGAGCGACCCCGUUGAUCCAGUCGAUCUGGUGACUGUAGCUCAAGCUCAUGUUCCCCAAAAGUCACUCAACGGUCCGGUAUCUGAAAAGGAGACUGCAGUGGUCGCCGCGGCACCUGCUGUGGACGAUGAUGGACGUGAACGUCCCACACCGGAAGAAGAGCGCACUCUUCGUCGCGUUGCCGGCAAAGUUCGUUGGACGGCUUAUACAAUUGCAUUUGUGGAGCUGUGCGAGCGAUUUUCGUACUACGGUACCACAGCUGUUUACGUGAAUUUCAUCCAGCAACCUCUGCCCGAUGGCUCCACCACCGGCGCUGGUUUCUCGGGGCAGUCGGGUGCUCUGGGAAUGGGACAAAGAGCAUCGACCGGCCUCAGUACUUUCAAUACAUUCUGGUGCUAUGUGACACCCAUUGUGGGCGCCUGGAUUGCCGAUGAGUUCCUGGGCCGGUUAGCAACCAUUCAGGGGGCGAUUGCCUUCGCCAUGGUGGGACAUAUCAUUAUCAUCAUCUCGGCCAUCCCUCAAGUAAUUGUUCAUCCUAAUGGUUCUAUUGCAUGCUUUGCAAUCGGUCUUGUGAUCUUCGGUAUAGGUGUCGGAGGAUUCAAAUCGAAUAUUUCACCUCUCAUUGCCGAGCAGCACAAGGAAACGAAGUUUUACAUUGAAACAAUCCCGAAGACUGGGGAGCGUGUCAUUGUAGACCCGUCACAGACCAUCACUCGCAUUUUCCUCUACUUUUAUUUUAUGAUCAACGUUGGCUCCUUAAUCGGUUCGGUUGCCAUGGUUUAUGCCGAGAAAUAUGUUGGAUUCUGGCUAGCUUUCACGCUUCCCACAAUCAUGUUCGCAUUCUGUCCUCUUGUUCUUUUCGUCUGCCGAAAAUACUACGAUGUCACUCCCCCGACUGGUUCCGUGGCAGCGAAAGCCUUCAAGCUUUGGAGCCUUGCCCUCCAGGGCCGCUGGUCCUGGAACCCGGUCAAAUUCUACAAGAACUGCAGGGCGGACGAUUUCUGGGAAAGGGUUAAGCCAAGCAAGCUGCAAAAUCGGCCGGAGUGGAUGACCUUCGAUGACCAGUGGGUGGAUGAAGUGAACCGAGCUGUUAAAGCAUGUAUCAUCUUUCUCUGGUAUCCCUUAUACUGGCUCGCCUACGGCCAGAUGACGAACAACCUGACUUCGCAAUCUGCCACUUUGGCACUGCAUGGCGUACCAAACGAUAUUAUCAACAACUUAGACCCCCUCGCCUUGAUCAUCUUCAUCCCUAUCAUGGACAGCUUUGUUUACCCGGGUCUUCGGAAACUCGGGUUCAACUUCAGCCCGUUGAAGAGAAUCUACCUCGGGUUUAUUGUUGCCUCCAUGUCCAUGGUUUCUGCUGCUGUAAUCCAGUACUAUAUCUACAAAACGAGUCCAUGCGGCGACCACCCCAGCGAAUGUGACACCUCUUCGCCCAUCAAUGUCUGGGUACAAGCCGUUCCAUACGUGCUCAUCGCGUUUUCCGAAAUCUUCACCUCCAUCACCGGCUAUGAGUACGCCUAUACCAAGGCCCCAAAGAACAUGAAAAGUUUAGUCUCAUCUCUCUUCCUCUUCAUGAACGCCAUCUCCUCGGCUAUCCAGCAAGGACUUACCGCUCUCUCCACCGACCCUCUUCUCAUCUGGAACUACGGCUUCGUCGCCGUCCUUGCCUUCAUCGGCGGUAACCUCUUCUACCUCACCCACUAUAAGCUGGAUCAACAGGAAGACGAGCUGAACCAGAUCGAGGAGUCGACGUACUUGGGCCGUGGACCCCAGGCACACAAUGAGAAGACCGACCCGGAGGUCUAG